UUAGAAAUUUUGCUGCAUGUCGUCACUUCUGGAAGCCAAAACCAGCCAAAACCCUAACUUCUACGUCUCCACGCUGCCUUGACGUAGCUCGUCCACGACUACGGGUGCGAGAGCCCGGACCGUACUGGUCUGCCUUCCGGCGCAAGCAUUCGGCUUUUCACCCCAAUACAGUUAUCCCCCUUCACGCCUUCACGUUUUCCCUACGGUUCGUCGGACGGACCUGACGAAGGUUCGGAUCUGAGACCAUUUUUCUUGCGGUCCCAUAAGAGAUGGCAGGAAUGACAACAUUAUCUGCAAGUCCAGCUUCCUACAGCACUAAAACUAUCUUGGCAGCGAAACAUAAAUCCCUUGGCUCGAGUUUCAAUUCUUCUAAGUUUCUCAACAGCUUCAUUGGUUUAAAGGCGACAUCUUCACUUGAAACUGAAUCAGAGGUCUCCUUCAUAGCAAAGGCAAGUAAUCGUGCUUUACGAGCAUCCUGCCUUCCGAAGCUCCAACCAAAGCAGAGGUCUGCAAAUCAGUUCCUGCCUCAAGCUUCAACCUUCAAGGUGGCUGUUCUUGGAGCUGCCGGAGGAAUUGGCCAGCCAUUGGCCCUCUUAAUCAAGAUGUCUCCCUUAGUCUCAACCCUGCAUCUGUAUGAUAUAGCCAAUGUAAAAGGAGUUGCAGCUGAUCUUCGCCACUGCAACACCCCUUCACAAGUGCUUGAUUUCACCGGUCCUUCAGAAAUUUCAAAUUGUUUGAAGGGUGUGGAUGUGGUAGUGAUCCCUGCUGGGCUUCCAAGGAAACCUGGAAUGACUCGUGAUGACCUGUUUAACAUAAAUGCGAACAUUGUGAGGACUCUUGUGGAGGCUGUCACCGAUCAUUGCCCAGACGCCUUCAUCCAUAUCAUAAGCAACCCGGUCAACUCUACCGUCCCGAUUGCCGCUGAAGUUCUCAAGCAAAAGGGUGUUUACAAUCCAAAGAAGCUUUUUGGGGUUACUACACUAGAUGUUGUCAGAGCAAACACAUUUGUUGCACAAAAGAAGAAUCUCAGACUCAUUGAUGUAGAUGUACCAGUCAUUGGUGGUCAUGCUGGGAUCACCAUCUUGCCACUACUGUCGAAGACGAGGCCAUCGGUGGUCUUUUCAGAUGAAGAAGUGCAAGAGCUAACUGUGAGAAUCCAGAAUGCUGGAACUGAAGUAGUUGAGGCGAAAGCUGGAGCUGGUUCCGCAACUUUGUCAAUGGCUUAUGCAGCAGCCCGGUUUGUGGAGUCAUCUCUACGGGCAUUGGAUGGAGAUGAUGACGUAUAUGAGUGCUCCUUCGUGCAGUCUGAACUCACUGAAAUUCCUUUCUUUUCUUCUAGAGUUAAGCUUGGGAAGAAUGGCGUUCAAGCUUUUGUACCAUCGGACCUUGAAGGUCUUAGUGAAUUUGAGGCGAAGGCUUUGGAUGCCUUGAAGCCAGAAUUGAAGGCUAGUAUUGAGAAGGGUGUUUCUUUUGCGCAGAAACAGGCAGCAACAGCAGCAACUAACUAAGAUUAAGCGCGCACUCUUUUUUCAAUCACAGCUACAUUCAAACAUAGGCAUUACAGGAGAAAAUAUUCGGAUCUCCCAUUUGUGGGAAACGGGCCACUAAGAAUUAUAUUACUAAUUUUAUGUAAUUUUUUUGUUCAUGUUGAGUUCUCUUGGAUGAUCCAUAUUUCAUUGAGCAGGACAUUGUGUUCUUGGCCUCGGCUUGUUUCUGCUUCUGGAACUCCUUUUGCUUUAUAAGAAAUUUUAUUUUGUCGCAGAGUCAGGGAGA